UGUGCAGUUCAAGGCAGCUAGCUGAUGACCCAUGCCAUUUCGUAAUCAUUCUCCCCAGCUUCUCGACCACGACCUCGACCACGGCCUCGAUUAAGAAGCCUGUUGUGACGGUGCACCGUUUCUUUCAGCAACCAGCGAGAGCGCCACAGCUCAUUUUUUGCCUUGUUCCUUUUCCCGGUUCCUAUUUCCUGCUGCAAACCUCCAACCAACGACUCUACUCACCAAACCCGAGGAAACAUGUCGCUGGACCCACCAACAUACCUUGCCUCUCUGCAGAACAACAUCCGUCAACGGCCGAUCCCCUGGGAGGGUGCAGUGCGGGCUGGUACCCUGACGGAGAACCAAUUGGCCAAGAUCAAGGCCGUCGAGCGGGCGAAGAAGGACGCACGCACGCAAACUGUUCAGGGCGAUCUAGAUGGAUAUCGCAUACUGUUUGUCGGCGAGGAGGGCAAGCCCAGUGUCCUGGAGCUUGCGCGCAAGAGGACAGAGGUCGUACAGUACAUCUUGGUCCUUCUGAGCGACCUCCUCGACAGCGUCCCCCCUCUGUCGAAAGUGCUUUUCAAGAACGGUGACCCAUACAAGCACUUCCUCCCGCUGCUCGCACACUCCUCCAGCUCCGACGACCCCAUACCCCUCCUCACCUCCACCGUCCUGACCAGCCUGAUGGCCAGCUCUCGAGACGAGUCCGCGGCUACUGUCAACAAGGCCCUGCCACACCUUUUCAGCUACCUGUCCUCCCUGACCAAGAGCUCGGACGCCGGGCUGCAGGACAUUGGCGUGCUCGAAUACUCCUCCUUGCUCUACGGGAGUGCGUGCAGGAGGCAGUUCUGGGCCCAGCGGAGCGAGACUGUUGCCCCGCUGGUAGAGAUCCUACAGAAAGCAUGUGGUGUCUCCAAUGGUGAUGUAUCUGCGACCCUGUGGAUGGGCACUACAGGCGUUUCCAGGACCACCGAGUCUGACGGCUCGUUGGGUGGUGGUGUUGGCCUGCAGCUGCUCUACCACGUGCUGCUUGUUCUCUGGCAGCUGAGCUUCGAGGGCGAGGAGGUUGGAGAUGAGCUGAACGACGAGUAUGACAUGGUCCUUCUCUACACACAGCUCCUUCGCCUGUCACCCAAGGAAAAGACGACGCGUCUCCUUGUCUCCACACUCUACAACCUGCUACGCACCAACCAGAAGACCCUCCUCCCACAGGCGGUGCUGGUGCGCCUGCCCGCGCUGUUGCAGAACCUCAGCACGCGCCACCUGACAGACCCGGACCUCCAGGAGGAGCUGGCGGCGCUCAAGGAGAUGCUGGAGGAGUACACCAAGACCAAGACGACGUUCGACGAGUACGUGGCCGAGGUGCAGUCAGGCCACCUGAGGUGGUCUCCGCCGCACAAGAGCACGGUGUUCUGGGCAGAGAACGCGCGCAAGAUCAUCGACUACGAGAAUGGGGAAUUGCUCAAGAAGCUGGCCGAUAUCAUGACCAAGCCGUGGGACAACGACAAGGCCGUCCUGGCCAUUGCCUGCAACGACGUUGGCAACCUCGUCCGUGAGGUACCCGAGCGGCGCGGCACGCUGGAGAAGCUCGGCCUCAAGACGAGGGUCAUGCAGCUCAUGGGCGAAGCGGACGAGAACGUGAGGUGGGAGAGCCUGAGGGCGUUGGGCGGGUGGCUCAAGUAUAGUUUUGAGAACAACGACAAGUAAGGGUCGGCGCCAACGGCGAUUAUGCCGUUGGGGGAUGGCAGGUGGAGGACGGGUAGCAUAUGAGAAAUUGUACGAAGCAUGGCAUUUGUGCUCUGUUCUUGUUUAUCCAGUGCCGCCAGUGGGCCGUUUUUGACAACGACUCACUUCCAUGGAACAGAAUCACGGAGGACAUUUCCGUGUCUCGUGCAUGCCAGGUGCAAUGGUGACCCCCCUUGAGGGCUAGGACGUUGCCUGCCAGCUUCCAUGAUUGUACCUGCACAGGUAACCUUCUGGCAUUCGGACUGGUGUCAGGUUCAGCUUACCCUCAAAAGUCAAACCAGGACAGCCAAUCUCAAUCUUGCACGGGUGGUUGUUGCCUGCGCCGUCACAGUGAUGAUCUGUGCAACACAUGACGUGUUGUUGGCCAUGCACUCGGUGGGAGACGAGCAGAUGAAUAGAUCAAAAGUGGUAUUGCCUGCUCCUGAAUUCGCGCCGGCGAAGCAGUCCUGAAAUCUGAAGGCGGAGGUCAAAAUAGUCUCCCAAGAUGGCCCCUAUAUGAGGAGAAUCCCAUAGGAGUGCUUAGAAUCAUGCAGACUGAGGUUCAGCUCUAUUAUGGCCGUACACGGGGACCAUUGGCACGUCUCUAUCUAUUGCUCGCAAGAAUAGACCGCUCGACCAAAGGACCAUUUCCUCAAGAGACUUCAGGACCAGUGUUCCCGCCCCACCUGCCCACCAGCACAACACAUCUCUUGUUAUUGUGUCAAGGACUUCUUCAAUGGCCUAAUUUGAGCGAAUCCAUGAGUCCGAUUCGAGGUGGCAUCCUUGCGGAGGAUGACGGGUUGGAGUGAUGGCUGGACGGCCCUGGCGGCCACCAUUCUCCCGCCAC